AUGGCAUACGUUGGUCGGAAUAACAAGUACGGAAAACUCAACGUUCAAAACAAACCUAACGUGGAUCAAUGUCGGAAGGAGUUUCAUGUUCUCCUGCUGGAAGGAAGCCUGAGUCUGUCGCGCGUUUCGGCCUCUGAGCUCGUCAACUCGUCCAUACUGGAUCACACUGAACAGGCUAUGCGUCUGCGCCAAGAAUCAAAGUGCUCAGCCUCGUCUACUUCUGGUGGCACUGUCCCAUCUAUCCCGACGUCGCACAAUGCGAACGAGAUCUCGAAGGACGCCAAUGUACACAAUGCGGCAACAGAGCGCAGCAACGGCGGCUCGUCCAUCCCAGUACUUCUGAAACGCGGCAGGACCAGGAAACCGGAUACUGCAUCGAAGACUGCAAGAUAUGGCAAGUCAAAUAGCAACGCUGGAUUUACUCCUGAAGUCUUCUUGGGAGGCAACUAUCAACCUCCGGAGUACAAUGUCGAAGAUGGGACUCGGACACCCCCACGUGGUGUACAGGGACACAACGAGGAUAUUCCCCUCGUGGAAGAGUAA